AUGGAGAUUUAAAAUGAUUCACUUGAGAUAUCCAAAUCGAAUUUCCUUUAGUCUUAAGAUAUAUCCGAGUAUCUAUCCAAAGAUUUUUACACUAAAUUUAAGAUGGAAUAAAAUCUAAUUGAUUAAUCAGCCACUCUCUCUAGGUUAUCCAUAAUUGACAAAACAAGUGAUGACUUAACUAAUAAUACUUAAAUUAAAUUAAUUACUUCAUCUGAACGACUAGGCGAGGAAAUCUAUAAAAACUAAGUAUUCAUUAUUAUCAAAGAAAAACUAGAUUUUAGAGAAACAAGUUGUUACCUUAUAAUAGCAAUUAAAAUUGGCCAUUGAUCACAUUACUAUUUUAUAAGAUUAAGUGGAAAUCAAAUAAAAAGAAAUCAAUCAAUUAUAGCUAAAAUUAUAAGAGUAAAUUAAUAAAAAUGAAAAUGAAAGCAGAAUAAAUACUCAAAAUCAAUUCAAGAUUGAACAAUUAUAGAUCUGUUUAAAGUAAUAUACUUAUUCAAAUUAGGGAAUAUGUCAAACCAUCAAAAGAUAAAGAAGUUUAAAAAAACUAGUUUUUUUAUUAGCUUAAGGAUCUUUCUAAAAAAUACUCAAAACAUACAAUAACAAAUCAAAAGACUAACCAAACAGAGGAUUCCUCAAAAAGAUACUAAAAUAAUUAAUUAGAAUUCACUGAAGAUUCUUCAAUGAAAGAUACUUCAGUCAGUGACUUUAGGUCAACGUACAAUUUAUUCAAUACAAAAUAAAAUUUUAAUUAAAGUGGAAAAAAAUUUUGGUCUCCUCCUUAAUUUCAAUCUCCUUAAACUUAAAAGCAAACAAAUUUAAAAAAACGAUUAGAUAUUACUAUAUCCUAAAUCAAAGCAAUGCAAUAACAUUUUAGUUAAUAUCAAUCAACUAAAUGA